CUGCUGUGACGUUUCAAUGCAUGCCCAGUAUCGCCGUUGCUGUUGUUGAUGACGUCCAUCGGUAACUUCGAAUUCAGAAUCUUAGACCAUGGCUGUCCAACAGGAUCCUCAAUUUGAGAAGAACAUGCAAGUACAACCCAUCAACGAUGAAGAUAAAGAGAAAGAAAAGCCACGUGGUAACUGUGUCACGUUCUUCACGUACUUUGCAGAAAGUACUUCGUUCAUGGGAAUACCCAAGAUAUGGGCGUCGCCACGACUUGUAUUCAAGGUGAUGUGGGCGAUGUUCUUCCUGGCCGCUACUGGCGUGAUGAUCGCUCAGCUUGUCCAACUCUUCACAACCUUCUACAGCUACCCCAUCAAGACCUCGGUGAAACUCGGCUUCACGUCUCUCCCGUUCCCCACCGUCACCCUCUGCAACAUGAACCCCAUCAUGUUAUCUAAGGCCCACAUGUUGGACUGCAGUAUACAGAAACUCCUGAAAAUACCUUCUUCUUACCAGAGUGACGAUUGUGUGAACGCCACCGACGAAGUAGACCUGACAACCUUCACGGAGUACGUGUGCGACGAGGACGGGUGUUAUGAGGAGGAAACGAGUGGCCUGGACGAUGCUUUUGUCAGGAAGCAGAUGAUCGCCGACUAUCUUGGAGGAGAGUAUGAAGACAUCCGGCAGAGCGUUGGCCAUGACCUUGAAACUAUGCUGAUAGAGUGCUCUAUCAAUGGACGAAAGUGCAGUUCCAGCAACUUUACGACGUUUCUGUCCAGAGAUCUUGGAAACUGCUACACUCUCAAGAACAAGGGAUUCAAAGCUACGAAAAGCGGACCAGAAUCAGGAUUAUCCAUGGUCAUCAAUUUGGAGUCGGAAGAUUUUAUCGAAACCUUCAAGACGGGGUACGGCCUGAAGGUGGUGAUACACGACAACGGGACACGCCCCUUUCCCGGGUCAGAAGGCUUCACGGUCUCAGCGGGUUCUGAGACAAGUAUUGCCAUGAAACUGGUAAAGAUCGAGCGACUUGGAGGCAGGUAUGGCUCGUGCAAUGACAGCGCAGAAUUCGAAAGAAAGUUUGGCGUGGCCUAUUCAGAGCGGGCAUGUCGGGAGUUUUGUCUGCGCAACUUUGUGAUAGAGUCAUGCAAGUGCCAACCGGAACAGGAGGCGUCAGUCAACAACUCAAUCAAGAUCUGCACCACCGACACAGAGUGGAAGUGUGAGGACCAGGUAUAUAACAAGUUUAUAGAUGAGUCCAGUAAGGGUCUGGAUGUCUGCAAGUGCGGCAGUCCAUGCUCCGAGAAGGUCUAUGAACCAAGCGUUACAUCUCGACUGUGGCCAGUUCUUCAGCACGUGCGUACGUUAGAACAACAAACAUGUUUGAUUGACGAGUUUAGCCCGAAGUGCAACUACUCAGCCUAUGACUUUGAAAAUAUCGAACUGAGGACAACAUCUUUUUUAAAGCUGAAGGUGUAUUUCAACAGCUUGAACUUUGAAAGCAUAAAGGAAGAACCGUUUUAUGAUACUGAGCGCUUCCUGUCCGAUAUCGGAGGUACCAUGGGUCUCUGGACUGGUGCAUCUAUUCUCAGUCUGGCCGAGUUUCUGGAAAUCCUGCUCGAGGUGCUUUUCUGGUGCUUCUGUCCAAAGUCAAAGUAACCGGGAACCAAUUCCGAUGUCAAAUGGUUUGAUGUUUGCAAAUGCUGUUGCUGUUGCUGUUGAUGUGUUUUAGACAAAACAAAUAUGAAAACCAUGUGAGGAAAGUCAACAACGUUUCGUGGAACGGGGCUAGUGAUAUUGUGCGUAUUGCCA